AUGAUCCAAAGCAUAAAAGCGUGUUUAGGAAUCCGCUGUUUAAACCACACUGAACUGAACCAUGGGACACUUGGAGAAGGGGGAUGUAAAGAAAGCCAAGUCUUAGAAGAAGAAAAAACACAUGGGGGAGCCGCCAAGGAGUUUCUCCGCAGGAAUAAAUCUUCUUCCAAGGGGUUAAAAGUCGGAGUAGAUGGAAUAAAAUUCCUCAGCAACACCACGAUAGGAUGUCUUCUGAUACUUCGCAACCACUAA